GCCCGCUAUUCCUCGCGUAUGCCCCUAUUCCACUCAACGAAUACUCAUUAUGUACUACCCACGUAACUAUGGACGAUAUCUUUGUUUAUACAACAUCUUUUCCUUUUUCCCCCUCUCAAGUCUCAUCUCAUAUUUCUCAACAUAAACAUCACCAUUACCAACUGCCAUUAUUCCAACUGUCCUAACUGCCACUAUUAUUCAAUGGAGUCCGUGGCCUCCAACUCAUCUCGACAACCAAAUAACCAUCGUCGCCGCCACAACCGACCACCCGCCCAACCCUUCGCGGACCGUGUGGUACGUGCCCUACACCACGACCUCCGCCUCCUCCACCGAUCCGACUCCACCUUCUUCGUCCUCGGAGCCACUGCCAACGUCUACGCUGUCACCAUAGCUGCCACUCCUUACUGCACCUGCCCUGACCGGACCACGCCCUGCAAGCACAUCCUCUUCGUCCUCAUCCGUGCCCUCGGCGUGUGCCUCCACGACACCUGUCUUCGUCGUAGAACCCUCCGGCCUUGUCAGCUCACCCGCUUCCUCGCUGCCCCGAUCUUGCCGGAAUCUCUUGCAGGCGUCGCCCUCCGCCGGAGAUUCCACCAGCUGUUCUAUGACCGCGGAAGGGAAAAUGCUACAGAAGAAUUUGAUGACGGGACGUCGUGCCCAGUUUGCUUGGAGGAGAUGAAGAGGGAGGAGAGAGUGGUGGCUUGCGAGACAUGCCGGAAUCCGAUUCACGAGGAGUGUUUGCUGACAUGGAAGCGGAGCACAGGGAGGAGGUCCGCCAGCUGUGUGAUAUGUCGGGCAAGGUGGCGGGACAGGGCUGCGGUGGCGUCCAACGCGGAGAAGUAUUUGAAUUUGGCCGCUUAUGUUAACGAGAACGACCCCGGGAAUAAUGUCUGUGAUCUCUGUUCCGGUUGACUGAUAUGAUUAUGUUGUUCUGUCUUAUGAUUUGCAGCGCAGGCUAAUUAAUUAUAAUUAGAUUUCAUUUUAAUUAUUUGUAAAAACGGUAAUUCAAAGCCGUGCAAAAUAUUUAUAUUGUUCAGGUUAAGAGAAGUUAAAAAAAAAUUAAUGUUUCUGGUCGAAACAAUUUUGGGUCUCAA